UUCAGUUUCUAUUUUGUAGUUCAGAUGGCACGACACGCUUGUAUGGUUCAUAGAGCUACCUUGUUGAUUGCAACGUUGCUCAGUAUCAUUUUUGGAAUUCAUUGUGAGUGCGAUGGGAUAUGUGUACCAAUGCACAAGUGCAAAUCUAACACCUUUGGAGGUUUUGUUGUUGAUACGAGAAUCGGCGAUGAUGAAGAAUCCGUUGAUGAUUGUAAUCAUUAUUUAGAAGUGUGUUGCGACAAGGAAGAUGUGGUCGAACACGUGACAGCUCACCCAGUCGCACCUACCGAUGCUGGUCCCUGUCCUGCUCCUGGCGAUCGACAAUUUGCCGAGUGUGGCAUCAGACAUAUAAGGGGUGUUGGAAUGAGGUUAGCUUAUACCACUAAUGAGGCCGAAUUUGGAGAAUUCCCAUGGAUGGUAGCUCUUUUCACGGAAGAUUCGAUUCAUGGUCGAAAAUAUAUAUGUGGCGGUUCAUUAAUUGAACCAAACGUGAUAAUGACAGCAGCCCACUGCGUGUUCAACAAAACCUCCGAAACCAUAAUCGUCCGUGCUGGCGAAUGGGACUUCCAAACUGAAAAUGAAAUUCGAAGACAUCAAGAAGCAACUGUUCAACAGGUGAUUGUUCAUCAAUUCUUUCACGAGUCUUACUUGUUCAACGACGUUGCUUUGCUGAUAUUGGAGCGGCCUUUCGUGGCGGAUGAUCACAUUCAAACGAUUUGCUUACCGCCAGCCAAGACAACGUUUAAUGGCCAGAAUUGUUUCGUUUCCGGUUGGGGAAAAGAGAAAUGGGAUUCCGACAGCUACAAAGCGAUAUUGAAGAAAGUAGAACUUCCCAUAGUUAGCCAUUCAGAAUGCCAGACAGCGCUGAGAUCGACUGGUUUGGGAAAAAAGUUUCGGCUGCACAGUACUUUCCUAUGCGCUGGAGGGGAGAAGGAUAUCGAUUCUUGUUCGGGCGAUGGAGGCUCUCCACUAGUUUGCCCGAUGCCCAACCAGUACAAUAAGUAUUAUCAAGCCGGUAUUGUUGCAUGGGGCAUUCGCUGCGGCCAGGAAGGUAUUCCGGGAGUUUAUGUUAGGAGCGCAAUCUAUACGGAUUGGAUUCAUGAAACGAUAAAUGAUUUACAAAAUGGUGGCACCAUUUUUGUCAAUAACUAGUAAAAUAAACUAUCAAAUAAAAU